AGAAGUACAUCAAAGCACCUCUAUGGAAUCCAAGGUUUUAGCAAUGGACUCCCUCACAGUAUCCAAUGGCAACUUUACCUUGGAUCUUUUCAAAACAUUAACUCGGUUAUAUCCUGGCAAAAACCUUUUCUUUUCUUCCUGGAGUAUCUCAUCUGCUAUGGCCAUGAUCUAUUUGGGAGCAAGAAGUGAAACUGCCACCCAGAUGGCCCAGGUGCUUCACUUCAACAGAGCUACUGAAAGUUCUUCCCAGAAACCAGAUUCUAAAGAUGAAGAAGUCCACCUUGAGUUCCAAGUACAGAUUUCGGAAAUCAACCAACCCAACAGCUCCUAUCUGCUUAAAACUGCCAAUAGGCUGUAUGGAGAAAAGACUUAUCCUUUCCUUAGGGAAUACAUUGAGCUUACUAAAAAAUAUUAUCAUGCAGAGGCUCAAGAGGUUAAUUUUUUUAGCGCAGCAGAACGAGUCAGACGGGAGAUCAACUUGUGGGUUGAAAGUCAAACUGAUCACAAAAUAAAGGAUCUGUUGCCUAAAGAUGCCGUUGAUUCUCAGACAGCACUGGUUCUAGUAAAUGCUAUUUACUUCAAAGGAAAGUGGGAAAACAGAUUUCAGAAAGAAGAUACUACUAAAGCAGAUUUCAGACUGAGUAAGACCACAUCAACAUCUGUGCAAAUGAUGUUUUUGAAAGGUGCAUUUCCAUUUUUCCACAUCAGCAUCUUGAAGGUUGAGAUCCUUGAGCUUCCAUAUGUUAAUAAUGACCUCAGCAUGCUCAUCCUACUUCCUAAUGACAUCACAGAUGAGUCUACAGGUCUGGAACUGCUGGAAAAAGAAUUAACGUAUGAGAGAUUAUCAAUAUGGACCAGUCCAGAAAUGAUGGAGAAAGUGAACGUGGAGGUUCACUUGCCCAAGAUCAAGCUGGCAGAGAGUUAUAACCUCAAGACUACUUUAAGCAGCAUGGGAAUGACAAACGCCUUCAGUCAAGGUCAAGCUAAUUUCACAGGCAUGUCUGACAGAAACGACUUGUAUUUGUCCCAGGUGUUUCACAAGUCUUUUGUGGAGGUCAACGAAGAAGGCACGGAGGCAUCCAGCGCCACUGCCGGUGUUGUCACAAUACGAACAUCCCAGCAGCCUGUGGUAUUUAAAGCAGACCACCCCUUCCUCUUCCUUAUCAGGCACAACAAAACCAAAAGUAUCCUCUUCUUUGGCAAAUUCUGUGCGCCCUAGAAAGCUUUGCGUCCCCUCCACAGUUUGAGCAUCACUGAGUGACAGCAAUCCUAAUGCUAGGGAGUCAGGCCUAUUGGAUAUAGUGGAAUUCCCUUCUGAAUAAGUAGUAUGUUUAUGAGCAGGCUAAAAAUGCUGUAACUGCAUCAAGUCUGAGCCUCCUGUUGGUUUUUAGGCAUGGCAAUAUCUGUAAAUUCCUAAGUUUUCCCUUGGGAAAAUCUCUA